AUCAAUUAAGCGCACGUGUGACGUCAAUCACAGCCAAGCGCGUCCAGCUGCGCGCGCGUCGGCGUUGACGCUGAGCGACCGGACCAGAAAGUACGCGGCACACGCGUCGAACGGAGAGGAGAAUCAUGUUGAGGGUUGACUUUUUCACUUUUUAUUAUUUUCGCCAUGGGAAUAUGAAGCUCGCUUCCUGCGUCGCUCACUAUUGAGGCGGGGGGCAUGUCGGAGAAACAACUGGAACCCACGGACAUUUUUGUCCAACCUGGCAAUGAUUUCGCGGACACGGGUUCCUCUGGCUCGGAGGACAUUUUUGAGGACUCUUAUUCUCCCUGCUCCAUGUCCUCCUCCAACCUCACUGUGACCUCUCAGCAGGGAAAAAUCAUCUGCUCCUCUUGCUGCCAGGAGAUAGUGGACAGAUAUCUCCUCAAGGUGAACAAUUUGUGCUGGCAUGUGCGCUGCCUGUCAUGCUGCGUGUGCAAGACAUCACUAGGGAGACAUGUCAGCUGCUAUGUAAAAGAGAGACAAGUUUUCUGCAAACUGGACUACUUCAGGAAGUAUGGAACGCGCUGUGCUCGUUGUGGCCGUAAUAUCUAUUCCAGUGACUGGGUGCGGCAGGCAAGAGGCAGCACCUUCCACCUAGCUUGUUUCUGCUGUGCCACCUGUAAGCGUCAGCUGUCCACCGGGGAGGAGUGUGGACUAUUGGAGAACAGAGUCUUCUGCCGGCCCCACUAUGAUAUUAUAAUGGAGAAUAUCCAACGCUCCAAAGAAAAUGAGCAAUCGAAAAUAAAUGAAGACCAGGAAGAAAAAGAUGGCUGCAGCACCAUGUCCAGACCUGCUAAGAGGGCCAGGACCAGUUUUACUGUUGACCAGUUACAGGUAAUGCAAACUCAGUUUGCUCAGGAGAACAACCCAGAUGCUCAGACUCUCCAGAAACUAUCAGAGAGGACUGGUCUAACCCGCAGGGUUAUUCAGGUCUGGUUUCAGAACUGCAGAGCCCGUCAAAAGAAACACAUCACCACAAAUUCUGCCUCCAAUACAAUGACGUCACUUCCUACUGGUCAACUGUCACCGCCUCUGACGGAUGAUUUGCAAUACAUAACCUACCUUAAUUCAGAUGUCCCUCUUCUCACCACAUUGACCUAUAUGGAUGUACAAACUCCAGACCCACUUCUACUUCAGCCUCUUAUCUCCCAUCCACUGACACAACUGCCAGCCAGCCAAGCUUAAGAUGCUGCCCACUACUGGAGAGGCGAGGUCAGCUGGAGCUUGUGCAAGCUGACUUUGAGCGAGAGGCUGGGAACACACUGGACCAUCGCAGGGUCACCACUCGCCAACAUUAGCAAUUGUUACUGUAAAGCUCAUGCUUCCUAAUGUGUUCCCAUGCACUGAAUAAUCCUUCGGGCACACAGGGAAGUUAAAAAAUGUCAUGUUUGCUUUGUGGAAUUUUGUUAAAAAAAGUAUGUACUUGUAUUUAAUUUAUUUGGAAAGUAUGAUGAAAUAAGUCACUGAGAAUUCAAAUGGAUAGUUUGUUUAAUUUAAGAUUGUGACAUUUAAGUCUCCACAUAUUUAUAGGAUGUAAGAUGUCUGUUGUCCAAGACUACAAAAUUCAGAGCCACUGGUUUAACUGCAAAUUAAUACUGGAACUGUACUUAAUUUUGUUGACUGGUGAGACAAAUGUACAUUUGUUUAGCAAACUAAAAUUGACUGAUUGCUAUGUGCAGUUCAUGUAUUCACAUUUAUAUAUUUUCACUAGGAUGCCUUAUCACAAACAAUGUAAAACAGCAAAAAUACAUGGUCAUUUGUUUAAUAUGAAUACAGGAAUUAAUUGCACUUUUGUAGGACACAUGAAAUGGAUGCUGAUCCUGGGGAUUAAAGUCGAUGGCCAUGUACUGUA